UAACCAUAAUGCCAAAAUGAGGUAAUUCAGUGGCAACGCUGCACAGGUAACAGUAAUCAGCUGUUUCCGCGAAGGCGAAUUGUGUACGUCACAAAUAGAAAAAAAAGAAAAAUGUGAAAAUAGUGAAAGCAAACAGAAGUUAAAAACUUGAAAAACAAGAAAAUUUGUGAAAAUUAAUUUACAACACUAUUAUUGUCUAGGUGAAGAUUUAUAUGUUUAUAUAAUUCGGUAGGAUGCACAGACAAGAGUGGAUGGUACACUGCAAUGAAGCGAACAAAACUUGAUCAAGAAAUGAUGUCAGCAGCACCAAAAUAAACCAGACCACAAAACAACAAAUAGCUACAAUGAGUUUGGAGGGAAUUUCACAGCCUCCAUUGGAGGCUCCUCAGAUGGACGACGAUACCGACGGCCAUUUGGUGGUCGUGUCAACUAUCGAAACGGAAAACUCUUCUUCCUCCAUGCGUAUACGUAACAGUUCAGAUAUGUCGGAAAAGUCGGCCACUAGUGAAACGAGAAGUGGUGUUUUAACAUAUGAUUCUGGGAAUUACUCUACCAGUUCUAAUACCAGUGAAAUAACCUGCCCAUUAGAUGCUGAACUACAUAACCAUUGCCAGCAUGUACAUACGCUGUUGCGAGAGAGGGAUCACGCUCUAUUCCUGGCUAUGCAAGAUGUGCGCAAGAUGCGAAGCGAACUUGAACGACUUAAUAAGUCGGAGGGAUGGUACAAAAAAGAACUGCGAUCGCAAAAACGGACGCGACUGGAAGCAAUCGAACGGCUAUAUGCUCAAGAGCGCAAGUACAUGCAAGAGAAUCAACAUUUACAACGUGAGUGCAUGCGUCUUUAUGGCAAAUGUGGUCAAAUAGAAAAGGAAACACAGGCUAAACAGGAUAAAGCUGUGCAAAAGCUAGUCGAGAAUGAAGAACGGAUGAGUAGUAUAGAGAGCGCUGAUAAAGAAUUCAACUCGUUCGAGUUAGAUCAGCAGCGGUCUUUGAUUGACGAUCAACAAAAGUUAAUCAACGUUUUGCGAAAACAGAAGCAAGCUUUGCUGGAAGAUUUAAGAAGACUGAACGAAGAAAAAGACACCAAGGUUCUGCAGCUGCAAGAAACGCUCGCAGGAGUUGAAGUGGAAAAUACACGCAUGACAGCGCAGUGCAUGCGACUACUGACCGAAAGACAAGUAUUAGAAGACACUCUUCAAGCAAAAGAUGCAGUGCUGGAUGCAGAAAAUGUCGAAAAGCUAAAAAUGCAAACUCUUAUUGUAGAGCUGGAAGAGCAGUGUAACCGACAGAAUCAAAUGCUAGCCCUCAAAGAACAUGAAGUUCACGAAAUUCAACAAAAAUUCAAAAACAAUAUUGAACACGAAACAAACAUGGAUGAAGUACAUCGAUUGAGCGUUUCAUAUCACUGUGAGAUUAAUGCUAAAACUGACGAGAUUACUUCCCUCAAGAAGUCGUUGCGCGCAGUUCAAAUCGAGUUGAGUACUUUAACUGAGCUACAGUCACAGAAUGAGGAGCAAGCGCGGCACAUAGAGCAACUAAACUUUACUUUAGAAGCUCGACAAUGCGAAUUAUCAAAUCUUCAGGAAACUGACGAAGAAAAAACGCAACAAAUUACUGAACUACAGCGAAACUUAGAAAAGGCCCGAGCUCAACACGACGUCAUAAUCGAAAGUCUGAAAUCUGCAGAAUCAAGUCUAAAAAAUGUCAAUCGGGAACUGAUCGCCUUGCACGAGCAAUAUGCCAAUAUGUGUGCGCUUUGUGAGCGCACACGUUUUGAACUGGAGUUACUGGAAAUUGAAAAGGGUAAGCUCAAAUUCCAAGCAGAUGGUGAUAAACGCGAAAUCCAUCUGCUUCGCGAUAAGUUGAAAGGCUAUAUGGAACAUACAGAGAAGGUGGGCGCCAAAAUAAAUGAGUUUGAAGCGAAAUUGAAACAUUCGCAUACUGAAAAGGACGAAUUGCUAUUUAAAUUGAGAGAAUUGGAGAGAAAAUUUACUUUGGAAAGGGAACCACAUAAGGAAAGUGAGAAAGAAGCAGAAGUCGGAUUGGAAUUCAAAGGUGACAUAGACCAGGUCGGCAAUGCACAGGAUUUUUUAAGAGAACAUGAAGGUGAUGAAGUGGAUACAGGAAGAGUAAAUCUAAACGAAGAGGAGGAUAGUGGGUUUUUGGACGCAAGCGGAAACAGCGUAAAUGAAAAAAAUGACAAUGUUGGCAAAAAUCCUUCAGAUUCAGGACCUUUAAGAAUUUCAGAGUGUUCCAACUUUACAGUUGCAAAUAAUACGCUCAUGGAUCAUGUGAGACUUCAAAAGGAAAUUUUGGAAGAGAGACAACCACUGGCUGCUGCUUUGGAGAAGCUGGUUUGCAAUGGAACAACGGCGCUGAAAGAUUAUAAAGAUUCAUCCAUAAUUAGUGGUUAUGAUGCGGAAGAAUGUGUUGGUAUUAUGGGACACCCAGAGCAGCUAUUGCAAAACUUGGACAACCAAAACCUUCUUCCUGUGGAAAAGAAACGAAUUUUUGAAGCUUUUGAAACUCUUAUCAAAAGAGAAAAUACUCCUCAAGAAAUGUCACUCAACGGCCAAGAAAUUUUGGAAUUAAAAAAAUUGCUCGUAGAAAACAAAAAACUAAAAAAUCUGCUGACAACUGCUAAGAAGCAAACAGCAGAAGUUGAACCACUAAAACUCGCUUUAAUAGCAAGAAAUCAAAAAUGUUCUGAAUUACAAGAAUGCGCUAGCACCUGCAGUGUAGAACUGCGAAAGCUGCAGGAGAAGCUGCUGGAAAGUCAUGAGCAGCACCAGAAAAGCAAAAACGAGCAAGAGAGUCGUUACAGAGGUCAAUUGGACGCCUACGAACAAACUAUUCAAUUACUGCAAGAAGAGAAUAAACGAUUGCUGAACGAAUUGCAAACCGUUUUGGUGGCGAAAAGUGAUUUUGAAAAUAAGCUUUCACAACAACAGGGGAUUGUUCAAGAAUUGAGAGGCAAAUUAGAUGCUCUUCAAACAAACGAAAUCCCCCGUGAAAUUGAAAACGCACAUGAAGGGAGAGAAAUCCUCAAUUUGAGGUCUCAUGUGAAAGAACUCGAAAUGCGUUUACAGGUAGCGAUGCGCACCGACGAGGAGAGACGCAACGAAAGAGUGCGACUCAUACGAAAAUUGCUGGAGCAGCAAAAUAGCAAAGUGAAGCAGCUGACCGAAUCCCAUGAGCAAUGGGAAGAAUUAUUGUUGGCGCUGCAAGCCGCACAAAAAUUAGAGGAAAAUACGAGGGCCGAGUUGCAGUUAAAACACGCUGAGCUGGAAGAGUUGAAUGCACUUUUUGCUGAACAGAAUGAAGAGCUGCGACGGUUACAAGAAACCACGCUAACCGAUGAAUUUAAUAGAGAUCCAGCUGAAAUUGAGGAAACGCGUCGCAUAUUCCAGCAACAGGUGGAAGAGUUGCAAGCUAAUAUUGGCACUCAGCUGACAGAUAGCCAGGAAAAGCAACGCAAAAUCGAAGAAUUGCAAGGCAAAAACGAACGCCUCGAACGCCAGCUUAAUGAAGAUUACGCCGCGGAAGUAGCGAAAAACCAGAGACAAAUGCGCGCGCUGCAAACUAAAAUGGGCGCGAUACAGGCAGAGCGUAAUAUUCAUGCAGAGCGAGUGACUGAAAUGGAGACCGAAUUGCAACAGCUGAAGAAAAGUAAACGGGAAGGGCUCUUGUUGCCACCAGAGUUUGUGGUUGUAGCACCCCGAUCAGUCACCAUGGGGAGUAGUUCCGACGACGUUUCAUCUCUUUCAAGCAAUGGCAAUGGACACCUGAGCAACAGUGAUUCUGACAACAACGAUCGCAUGCGAAUACUAACGAAGGUGCUCGAAGCAGAGUAUAGGCGCAAAAUGAAGCGCUACGAUUUGCACAUACACACUCUGUUGUGCAACAUAAAAAAACUGAAAAAGGCUUUACGUGCGGCUGAGCAGCGCGCAACAAAUUUGAGCAUAGAGCAGAGUACGACAAUGCAGGAGCUGCGAAGCCUGCAGUUGACCAGACGGCAGCUGGAGGAGAUGCGUUUGAAGUGUGAGCAAAACCAAAGCACAAUAAAGGCACUCGAGCAGGCUCUAGAAAUGGAGCGUAAAAAAUUUGAGGCCUCUGACUUGGGCAAGGCGACGACGUACACAUGCCAAUCAGCAGCUCUAGCGCAGCAGCGAGACGAACCGGCGCACGAAGUAGCCAAUCUAAUAGAUGAUUAUAAAAAGUUAAUCCAGCAAUCGGCGUUGGCGACACAACGCCCUAAAACCAGCACCAUCCUUGACCUUAUACAACGUAGCAAUCAGUGUGUGCCAAAUUUAAAUAAACUCGAAGCUAGCGUUGAUGGCCUGCGCAGUGAUUUGGAGCACUUCCUUAGUGCGCACGCCACAUUAAAUAUGUCGCAAAUACAGAGCGGAAACAAACUAGAGGGACCAUCACUAAUGGACGAGCUGCGCGCUGCGGCAGAAAGCUAGUAAAUUUGUAGUAAACUGCUUCCAACUUCCUCUUGCUGUGCAUAAAAUGCAAACAAACAUUGCCAAAAUUGAGUUCAACUAUUCUAUGUAUACUUGUUUUAUAGUAUUUUUACAUCGGCUGUUUUUAGAUUUUUGUUCUAUACAUUUAUUUAUGAUAAUUUUGCACAAAGUACAUCCUUUUAAAUGUUAAAAGUGCAAAUUUUUUAAAGCUUUCACUUACUUUAAGCUCUUCGAAUAGUCAGCGGGUGGUGAAGCAUUAUAAGCGACCCUUGACUAUUGGUUUUUGUUUUAAUCCAAAUGGAUGCCAGUUAGGCCACAGACAAGACCUUUGGCUGAGUAUAUAGAUGCAUAUGUAUGUAUGUAUAUGUAUUUUUUAUUUAAAUUAUAAUGUGAAUGCUCUUUUUGUCAUAGAUAUCCAACUUGUUUAUAAAAAUUAAAAUUUCAUGUAACAAAAUAAAUAAUAAUAAUAAUAUUUUAGCGCUAACACUUUUGCUAAGUGUAUGGCCGAGCUUCUACUC